GGAGACAUUUCCCAUAUCAAGAGGGGAGGAUAUAAUUUAUCUGAGGCACUUGGCUGGCCUUCUUCGGAUUAUGAAGAAACUCAUACAUUUGUGGUGCAACUCGCCCACGAACAUCUUAACAUUAGCAAGUCCUUGAGUUCACAAACAAAGGCCGGUUUGACUAUUGUAUAUGCAGAAGCAAAGAAACAGUAUCAUGUCCUUGAUCGUCAUGAGGAUAAUUGGGUUGUUGGUGAUAUGCUCCGUAUCUUCUUGAAAAACAGUCAUAGUCGUUAG